CUUUCCUGCCUGGCUCGCUGCCCUAUCCGGGUCCGUCGCACCCCAUGGCUGUCGGCCGUCGGUGGGGCUUCCGCUACGGCUGAGGGACGACGCGGCGGGUGGUUGGCGCUCCGGCGGGCCGGGCGCAGGGCCGGCCAAGCGGAGGGAGAUGAGUUGGUUCAACGCCUCGCAGCUCUCGACCUUCGCCAAGCAGGCUCUGUCGCAGGCGCAGAAGUCCAUCGACCGGGUGCUGGACAUUCAGGCCGAGGAGGAGGAGGAGGGCGAGGGUGGCCCUGUGCGGAUCGCCCCCUCCCGGCCCGGGGAGGCUGGAACAAAUUCUCUUACAGUUGGAGGAUGGGAUGAGUCUUCCUGGGGGGCAAACUCAAAUACAGAACCUCAGAAUGAGUUGACAUCAUCUCCUACGGCCAUCACAAGACCAGUAAGGAGGACUGUGGUAGAUGAAUCAGAAAAUUUCUUCAGUGCCUUUCUUUCACCAGUGGAUGUUCAGAGCAUACAGCAAAGUCUAGUGGUAUCUAAGCCUCCCACCAAAUCACAACGACCCAAAGAAGAAGUAAAAAGCACAUUACAGGAAUCCUUGUAUGCUGACUUACCAGAAACAGAAGCAAAAGAUAUCCCUGUAAUUUCACCUGUGGAACUGAAAACCUUCAGUAAUUCCCAGGAAAAACUAGAAGAAAAUAAUUUAGUACAUAAUACUGAAGAUAAACAUCAUGAAGCUGAUAGUAAAGACACUGAACAAGAGGCAUCUCCUCAGAAUCUCAAGGAAGGAGAAUCUGCUGCUAUCGCAAAAUCAAGUUCAGGAAGUGAUGGGCCCAGGCUUGCACCUGACAGCUCUGCACAGCCUUUGCCUCCGGAGGCAAAGAAUUCAAGUUUGACACCUAAAGAGCAAAAGAAUGAAGACAGUUUGGAAACUAAAGAGCGCAAAAGUGAAGACAGGCAAAGUAACACACCUUCACCUCCAAUUAGCACUUUCUCCUCAGGGACAUCCACAACUAGUGAUAUUGAAGUUUUGGACCAUGAAAGUGUAAUAAGUGAGAGCUCAGUAAGUUCGAGGCAAGAGGCUGCCGAUUCAAAAUCCAGUCUUCAUCUGAUGCAAAAUUCUUUUCAACUUCUCACAGCAUCUUCUUGCACAGACUAUAAUCGUAUAGAUGACUUUCAGAAACUGACUGAGAGUUGCUGCUCCUCAGAUGCUUUUGAAAGAAUAGAUUCAUUUAGUGUGCAGUCUUUGGAUAGUCGGAGUGUAAGUGAAAUAAACUCAGAUGAUGAAUUAUCUGGUAGGGGAUGCGUUUUAGCAUCUGUUGCCCUCAGUCCUUCAACAAUAAAAAGUGAUGAAGUUGAACCUACAAAAAGUGAACCUGAACACAGCUUAAAUGAGACCCCCCUUGUACUACCCACGGAAGAAACAGAAAUGGAGGAAAGUGGGCGAAGUGCAACCCCUGUUAACUCUGAACAACCAGACACCUUGGCUGUUUCUGAGCAAUCUGAUGAAGGGCAGACCCAGAAGGAGGAGAUGGCAGUAGUCCGGCCCAGUGCUGAAAAGUUAUCCAGUGUACAGUGUGAAAAAGAAGAGCUUUGUAAGAUUAUUGAUUCUUUGACGGAGAAACUGGAGAUGAGAGAAAGUCGACUGCUGAGUGUUAGUAAAGAAAAGGCAUGCCUAGAAGAAGCUUAUGAUAACCUUAAAGAUGAAAUCUUCAAAAUAAAAGUUGAGAACAGUAACAUUGCAUCUUUGAAAGAAGAAUUUGCUCAGCGGAUAGCAGAUGCAGAAAAGAAGGUUCAGUUAGCAUGCAAAGAGAGAGAUGCAGCCAAAAAAGAAGUAAAGGUCCUCAAAGAAGAUCUAGCGACUAGAUUGAACUGUAAUGAAACUGCUGAACUACUUAAGGAGAAAGAUGAACAAAUUAAAGGAUUAAUGGAGGAAGGAGAAAAGCUUUCAAAACAGCAGUUACAAAAUUCUAACAUUAUUAAGAAACUAAGAGCAAAGGAGAAGGAAAAAGAAAAUACAAACGUAAAACAAACCAAAAAAAUUAAAGAAUUAGAAGAAGACUUACAGCAUCUGAAACAGGUGCUAGAUGGCAAAGAGGAAGUUGAAAAGCAGCAUAGAGAGAACAUCAAGCAGCUAAAUAGUGUGGUUGAACGCCAAGAGAAGGAUCUUACCAAAUUCCAGGUGGAUCUUGAGGAUCUUGAAGAAAAAAACCGAAGUGUUCAGGCAGCUCUUGACAGUGCAUACAAAGAACUUGCAGACCUUCAUAAAGCCAACGCUGCAAAGGAUUGUGAGGCACAAGAAGCAGCUUUAAGCCAUGAACUGAAAAUUAAGGAGGAACUGGGCUUAGCUCUGGAGAAGGCCCAAGAAGAGGCUCGUCAGCAACAAGAAGCGUUAGCGGUUCAGGUGGCAAAUUUGAGACAAGCCCUGCAACGGGCAGAACAGCAACAAGCUAGAAAGGAGGAUUAUUUGCGCCAGGAAAUUAGUGAACUUCAGCAGAGACUUCAAGAAGCUGAAACUCGCAACCAAGAGUUGAGUCAAAGUGUUACAUCUGCUACAAGGCCCCUUCUCCGACAGAUAGAAAAUCUGCAAGCAACUCUGGGGGCACAGACCUUGUCAUGGGAGAAGUUAGAGAAGAACCUUUCUGAUAGGCUUGGGGAAGCUCAGACUGCCCUGGCAGCACAGACUGAAAGAGAACGUGCUGCUACUGAAGAACUUCUUUCCAAUAAAAUCCAGCUUUCUUCCACUGAAUCACAAAAUAGUCUCCUAAGGCAAGAAAAUACUCGCCUUCAAGCUCAACUAGAGGCGGAGAGAACCAGGCUUAAGAAACUAGAAAAUGAAAAUAAUCGGUAUGAAGUUGAGCUAGAAAAUCUCAAAGAAGAAUAUGUGAAAACUGUUGAAGAAGGAAAAAAGGAAAAGAUGCUGUUGGCUACCCAGCUAGAAAUGGAGAAAAUGAAAGUUGAACAAGAAAAGAAGAAAGCCAUUUUUGUACAAGAGAGCGCAAGAGAAAAGGAACGUAAGUUAUAUGUUUCAUCAACAAUGGAAACGGUCUCAAGCACACCAACUUUGUCACGCUCAAGCUCCAUAAGUGGUGUUGAUAUGGCAGGCCUCCAGGCAUCCUUCAUAUCGCAGGAUGACCCACACGAUCAUUCUUUUGGGUCGUUGUCUACAAGUGGGAACAAUCUAUAUGAUGCAGUAAGAAUGGGAGCAGGUUCAAGUAUUAUUGAAAAUUUACAGUCCCAAUUAAAAUUAAGAGAUGGAGAGGUUUCCCACCUACAGCUGGAAAUUGGAAACCUUGAAAGAACCCGGUCAAUAAUGGCAGAAGAGCUGGUAAAAUUAACCAAUCAAAAUGAUGAUUUAGAAGAUAAAGUAAAAGAGAUACCCAAGUUACGUGCACAACUUCGGGACUUGGAUCAGCGAUACAAUACCAUUCUCCAGAUGUAUGGUGAGAAAGCAGAAGAGGCAGAGGAACUGAGGUUGGACCUAGAAGAUGUGAAAAAUAUGUACAAGACUCAGAUUGAUGAACUGCUAAAGCAAAGGCAUAGCUAGUUGUUCCUGAAGUUGUAGCUUGAAAAUAAUGUAUUAAAGUGUAGAGAUGGCUAUGUAAAUGCAAACAGGGUGUAAAGAAUUUGUACUAUAGUGUGAUUGUCAAGUUCAUAUGUUGGCAGGAAUCAUUGUGCUUUCAUGAAGGCCAACAGUCAUCAGUUAAAUUAUUUGUUAAUAUUUAAAAUCGUAUAUCUAUAGCUUAAUACUAAUUGAAAAUCAGAUCAUCUUGUGUUGAUAUAGCAAUGUACACAUUGACUUGCAUAAUAAUGGCUGAUCAUUCAGCAGUGGGAACUUUUAACUGCACCUCUUACAGGGAUGUAUAUGAAUGAUUCCACUGAGUUACCUGAUUGAUAUCCUAAUGCUGAUCUGUUCCUAUCAGAGAUUUUGAGGAAUAAUAUUAUUGAUUUAUGAAAUAUACAUACAGUUAGUAACGACUUAUUACUUGAAAUAAAAGGGUUGAGUGCUUUCAAGACUUAAAAAUGUGUAUUUGUAUUCUGGUACCCUAAUAAUAACUAUUCUGCUGUCCACAAGGCCAGGUAAUUGCCUUUGUCCCACCCAUACAGACUGAUUAACAUUAACAGCAACCAAACUCCCUCCUAUUCAGUAGCUAGGACUCAGUUGUCCCUGUUUUUUUCAAUGUUUGUGCAUUCCGAAAACUUAACAUGCAUAAUAUACUGCCACUUAGCAGUGGGCUGCCCAGCAGCUUCACUGGCAUUUAGUUAUAGUCAGAGAGAGGAUACAGCAUUCGCCAAAAAAUAGCAUUUUUUGUGGGAGGAGAGGGAACAAACCUUUAAACUAUCACACUGCUGCUCUCCCUUGUCAUGAUUUAAUCCUUUCAGUGUGUGUGCAUACACUGUACUUUCAUAAGUGAACAAACUUCUAGAAAUUUGAAAAUGCUCUUUAGAAGGUGUUCGCUAGAACGUAAAUGAAUAACAUUGAUUGACUAGAAGCUCCAUUAAGAAGCAAGUGAGACAGAAAACGUACUAUUAUCAGACACAUUCACAAAAGGAGCGUGUUCAGAAUAUUGUUCUACCUUAAGUUUUUGCAUUGUUUAUACUGUUAACUUCAAGACUUUUAAUAAAGUUAACUUCAAACUGUUUA